UCAUUUUCCAUUUUGUGAUGGCAUUUAACGGCAUUUUGUUCUUAUGCUCAUUGCGCACGCGUACUUGCAGCGAUACGGUUGUUUCUUUAAGAGCAUAAACAUUAUAUUUCAAAACAUGUUAUUGUAUUACAACGAAGUAUAAAAUUAAUAUUUUUUAUUGAUAUAUACGUUAUAUGUAUAAUUAAAUUUAAUUCUAAAGUGUGAUAUUCAAAAUGAGUGCCAAAAAGGUUUGCGAAACAAAAAUUUUCGAGGACGAGAAUACGGACUCUGGAUUUUUGUCUGGACCGUUGAGUGAACAGCUGUUAUCUUCCGAUGACUUGGAUAGGAGAGAAGAACGUUUAGAUAGUGACAAUGACAAAAAAGUGAUCAGUGAAUGUACAGAGCUCGACAGUGGUGUGGACUUGUGUUUGUCAGAGUGUCUGUCAAAUGUUAAACUUAGUGAUCUUCCGCCCACAACUCAGGGCCCCUUAAUAGUCAUCGAAAGCGAAAGAACCCAGGAUAUCCCACCACUCGCCAUAUUAUUCCAACAGGAUGACGACGGAGAUACGCAACUCCAUAUCGCAGCGGUUCACGGUUGCGAAAAGUCAGUCGGUACUCUAAUAAGGGUGUGUCCAGACAAGGCAUGGCUGGACGUCCCCAACGAUUAUGGCCACACGGCGCUUCACCUCGCGGUUAUGAGCGGGCACGCCGUCGUCACCAGAAUGUUAGUCAGAGCCGGUGCCUCCUUAGCCAUGAGAGACGUUAGUGGAGAGACACCCCUUCACAAAGCUGUCGCUGGAAAAAGACUAGAGUGCUUGAAAGCGCUGCUAUCGGCAGUACCAGAACACCCACCAAGGAAGCUUUCGACGAUAUUGAAUCAGAAAAACUACAAAGGUCAGACGUGUGUGCAUCUCGCAGCCACGGCGGGACACAUCGAGUCGCUCCAAGUUCUGAUCUAUUUUGGAGCCGACAUUAACGCCAGGGAGGGUCUGGCCGGUUGGACGCCGCUACACGUGGCGGCGCGGCGCGGGGACGUAUCCCUCGCGAAGUUCCUGCUGCAGCGCUGUUGCGGCGCUGACGUCGCGGCGCGCGACUACGCCGGCCGCACGCCGAGACGCCUCGCGCGGUCCGCACGCGUCUGCGCGCUCUUUGCGCCCGACGACGACGAAGACGACAGCGAGGACGAUAUGUACGACAGUGACAGUGACGUCGACAGUCUGUUCGAGAAACUUCGACAGAACGUCAACCCCAUCAACGUCGCCUGAUAAGACGCGAUGUACAUCAGCGAUAUCACCUAAAUCGGAGAAUAUUGACCGAAGAUAUAUAGCAACAUUCAACUUAUUGUUCAGUACGAACAUUUUAUGUUUGCCGCUCUGAUGUGUGGCAUUGUGAUAGUUGAGGUAACAAAUAGCGGAUACUGAAACUACACUCGCUGCUACUUCAGAGCGGCAAAGUUUAAUGUUUCUACCACAUACUUUGUAAUAUUUAUACGUUACGAGGAAUUAUAAACACCAUUACAGUAUGUCAUUCAAAUGUAAAACUGAUAUAUUAGAAAAAUCUUAAAGUUAAGGCGUUAUGUAUAUUAUCCACUUCAAUACAAUAAAUGUAUAUAAAUUAAAAAAUAUGUGAAAAUGUAUUGAAUGACACGCAUCGUUAUUGUAUUCUUAACCUAUAUACAGAUCAUAUUGGAAUUAAUUAUAUAUUACUCUUGAAUUCCUCGUUCGUCAUACAAUGAUAUAUUAAUUAUUUACAUUUAAUCUUCGUUUAUGUAUAUAUUAUAUAAUAAUAUGCGGUUAACUGUACGAUAUAAUUGCUUUAAUAUAUCAUUAAGUUAUUAUUUGAAACUGUUACUGUUUGUAUUUAAGCAUUUCUUUUAUCCAUACUUCUAUGUGAUUUAUUAUUUCAUUAAAAUUUGUACAUAAUUAAAAAAUAUAUAUACUUCUUUUUUUAAAUUACUUAUAUUUAUAGGGAACUAAAAAAAAGUUUAUUUUGAUAUUUUGUACAACUUCAAAUGAAAUUGAUUUCAAUGCCUGCAUAGUGUUUUUUUUUUUCGUUUAGAAAAAUAAAAUUGGCGCCUUAAUCUGUAAAUUUUUGGAUGUUGUAACUGAAUUGCUAACUUACUACAUGUUCUCUAUAUAUAUUCUAGGACUUUUUAAUCAAAAUAAAUUGUUUAUAAAAAUCAUAGAAUUGAUCAAAGUUAUGACUUGAUUAUCGAUCACUGAGCCAACGGACAUAUAUUUGAUAUUGAAGUGGAUCAUUGGUGACGUCACAAAGCAGUUCACGUGCUUAGUUAUUUGUAAUGAUUAUCUAUGGUUCCAUUUCAUUACCUGUGGUAAAUUAAACAAAAGCAAAAAUAAAAACGUAUUAAUUUUUUUUUUCUAAUAAUUUAAUUAUAAAGUAAAUAUUAUUUUAACUAAAACAUUAACUGCGGCUUGUAAUGAAAUGGAUCAUAUGUUUUAUAUAUAAAUGUCUUCCUACAGAUUAAAUAUUUAUAUUAUGUUACUAGAAAUACUAUGCUAUUAAAUUUAUGUGUUAUAUAUAUUGUAUUUAUUUAUACUUUUGAGAAUAAAUUUGAGGAAGGCAUUGUAAAUUAGGCCAGUCAUAAAUAAAACAAUAAUAUAUUUUACGGUCUUGCCCUAACUUUCGCAAGAAAGCAGCGGCUAAGACCGAGUCCGUCACCGCGCCGCAGAGUUUUCAAUAAAGAAAACGUUACACGCGAUUAGGUUACAUUAGACAAAUGUUUGUUAAGAAUCAGCUGGUUAUGUAUAAGCUUAGUAUAUAAUGUGCAAUUAUACAACUCGAACGCCGAAUGAAGUCUCGUCGGUGCUAAGCGCCAGCACGGUCGGCGUACACGAUCGCACGGUACAACUCAAAUAGGCCUCUAGUUCGUACAUUGUAACAUAUUUGAACGUAUGUUCUACUAGUCUUUGUAUUUUAUUAAAUUAUAACAUGUUUGAACAA